CCGAUACGUCCAAUGAUAGGGCGUGGCAUGUGGUUUGCAUUGAUUGCCUAUUAAUAAGUCUGUUCCCACAUUUAUUUAUAUCACCUCCUCUCAUCGAACACUAUACUUGUGUAUUCUGUGCGCCAGGAGAAGCAGAUCGGAGCCAUGGCACUCAAGGAUGAGUUUGAGGAGCAUGCAGAGAAGGCCAAGACAUUACCCCCAGCUACCACUGACGCUGACAAGCUCAUUCUCUAUGGGCUUUACAAGCAAGCAACUGUUGGGAAAUGCAACACUUCUCGCCCAGGCAUGUUCAACUUGAAGGAGAGGUAUAAGUGGGAUGCAUGGAAGGCAGUCGAAGAGAAGACCCAGGAGACAGCCAUGGAGGAUUACAUCACUAAGGUUAAGCAGUUACUAGAAGCAGCUCAGUGAAGUUGAGCUGUUUCCAGAAUUGGAAGUAGACUAAAUUAUUUGCAUCCUUUGAUUCAAUAACUUGAAAGCAAGCAACUGUUUACUUGUGCUGUUAGAUGGACCAUUUACUCCAAUCAUGUUUGUUCUAUCCAUAUAUGGCUUGUUUGAUAAUGCAAGUAAAUGUGAUAAAGAUCUAGUGCAAUUGAGUGUUAUUUGUUUGCAAUGUGGUUCAGUGAAAGGAUCCUGCAUUAGAAUUCUAGUUGUAUGAACAAAUGUAGUAAAUUGGUCGUAAUUGUGUAUGUAUACUACAGGGCACCACAACCAAUCUCUGUAACUUUGUUUUGUUGGAUAAUAUAUAAUAAAUAUGAAUGAAUGUGGUAGAUUAGUCAUAA